AACAGACCCGAAGGAGCAGGUGGACAUCUUGUAUGACAUGAUCUGUGCUGGAUACCAGGAGGGCGGCAAGGACUCCUGCCAGGGUGAUUCAGGAGGACCUCUUGUUUGUCAGAUGGUAAACGGGUCCUGGGUUCAGGCUGGGGUGGUGAGUUUUGGAACUGGCUGUGCUAACGCAAACAGGCCAGGUGUGUAUACCAAGCUGACCAGCUACUCAGAUUUCAUUAGAAGCACAAUACCAGAGAUUCAACUCUAUGGCCAUGCUAAUCAAAACAAGUGUGCAGGGGCUCUUGUUGUGUUGUUCAGCUGUGUGAUCGCUCUAGUGAUGGUACUUCAGAAAUAAGACUCUGAAAGAUGUAAAGCAAUCGGAAUUCGCAAAACUGAUUGUAACGAGUAUAGGUGGUUCAGAUUAUUCACAAUCACAAUAUUUUACUUUGUAUCUAACAUGCAAAUGAUGACAAACUGAUUUCUUCUAUAUGCUGAGGUUGUAUUUUAAAUCAAGUGAGUAAACAUUAUCUUUUGUACUUGAAAUAAAUUGUGGAUUUGAUACCUGAAGCCAA